AAAAAAAAAAAAAGGUUUUGACCAGAUCUAGAUUAUACUAAAUUUUUAAUUCUUUACCAUCUUCGAAUAAAUCAGCUGCUACUUAAAAAUAAAUGAUAUGUCACACUAAAUUCAGAAGAUGAUCAAACUCAAUAUAUACAAUAAAGAUCCGGCAAUAUUAUUUAUUUGCUUCAAAGCAAUGUUUUCAAUCUUCAAUAAAAAUCUCAUUUAUACAUAAGUAAAGCAUAAACCAAAACCAAAACCAAAACCAGAGAGAUCCAAGAGAUAAAACAUAAAUCAUGAUGCGUUAUUGUUCUCAUACCCUUCUUUAUUUUUCAUUUCUAUCUUUCUUCUUCUUCUUCUUCUUCACUAUAUGGACCGUUCAAUCCGUACCACCACAACCACCGGUCCGAUGCGACCAAACCGGUUGCACCGUCUUUAACGCGUACGGCACGUGGCCCGACCGCAAAACAUGCCGCGCGGCUAACGUCACGUAUCCAACGACGGAGGAUGAGCUUCGUAAAGCCGUGGCUUACGCGGCCGAGCACCAUCUCAAAGUCAAAACCGUCACCAGAUUCUCUCACACCAUACCCAAACUCGCUUGUCCUUCCGGUUCAGACGCAAUGCUAAUCAGUACGUCGAAGUAUAAUUCGGUUAUCGAGAUUGAACCGGACCGGUUAACGGUUACGGCUGAUUCUGGUGUUUCGUUGAGAGAGCUGAUCGAUAAAGUUGAAGGAGCUGGGUUUAGCAUUGGAACGUCGCCGUAUUGGGAAGGAGUUAGUAUUGGUGGGCUCAUUAGUACUGGAUCUCACGGAAGCUCGUGGUCUGGACGAGGCGGUUCGGUUCAUGACCAUGUUGUCGGAAUCAGCCUUGUGGUUCCGGCGAAUUCAUCUGAAGGUUUCGCCAAGGUUGUCAAACUCGAGGAAGGUAGAGAUGAUAAGCUUCUUGACGCCGUUAAAGUAUCAUUGGGAGUUUUAGGAGUCAUCUCUAAGGUUAAGCUUUCGAUAGAGAAAGCAUUCAAGAGAAGUAUGACGUAUAAUUUCACAUCUGACGUAGCACUCGAAGACAUUUUUAUGGAGCAUGGCAAAAAAUUCGAAUUCGGAGACAUAACUUGGUAUCCUUCUAGGAAAACUGCGGUUUACCGUUACGAUAUCCGAUCACCGGCCAACGUCUCCGGCAACGGAGUCAACGAUUUCACUGGUUUUCAGUCUAAUCCUAUCUUAAUAUCUAAAGGGGUUCGAGCAUUAGAGAAGGCGCUUGAAUCUAGCAAGAACGAGAAAGGAAAAUGCACCACGGCGGAUACGACUUUGGCCUACAAGAAACUAACCGGGAAUGGUCUUAAGAACAAUGGGUUACUCUUUACCGGGUAUCCGGUUAUCGGGAGACAAGGCAAGAUUCAGACUUCCGGGUCUUGCCUCUACUCAUCUUCGAUUAGAAUUGACGUCGCUUGUGCAUGGGACCCGAGGUAUAACGGUCUUUCCUUCUAUGAAACGACGGCUAUAUUUACGGUUGCUAGGUUUAGAGGCUUUCUCCUCGACGUGAAGAAGCUACGAGACUUGGAACCAGAAAGACUAUGCGGGAUUGAUAUCUAUAACGGUAUCCUCAUACGUUUCAUCAAGGGCUCAAAUGCUUAUCUUGGCCAGACAGAGGAUUCUGUGGUUGUUGACUUUAACUAUUACCGAGCGGAUGAUGAGUUAACCCCGAGGUUGAACGAAGAUAUGAUGGAGGAGAUGGAGCAGAUGGCGUUUGUCAAACACGGGGCGAAGCCUCAUUGGGGAAAGAAUAGGAAAGUGGGUUUCUUUGGCGUGAAGCAAAAGUGUGGACCUAACUUUGACAAAUUCUUGGAAGUGAAGAACAAGUUAGAUCCUACGAAGAUGUUUUCAAGUGAAUGGUCUGAUGAGAUUCUGUUUGGUAGAGAAGGUCCCAAGUACGAUGGAUGUGCCCUUGAAGGGAAUUGUGUGUGUUCAGAAGACAGACAUUGUAUCCCUUCCAAAGGUUACUUUUGUAGACAAGGUCUUGUUUACACACAAGCUAGGGUUUGCAGAUACUCUCCAGCGCAAGUUCUAAUGACGUAAUUAGCUUGAGUUUUUAUGUUUUAAAUUAUAUCAUCCGAUGACAAAAUGAUGAAGAGACAGAAUAAAUUGUUCUUCAUAUACUCAUGAGUGUAUCCAAAGGAAUAUAAAUGUUUUACUAGGAUCUUGGAUAUCCUUAUUUUUUGGGAUA